UAGAGAGGAAGAACGAAAGAGAAUUAUAGAGAGGGAGAGGAAAGAAAAAGGGAGGUUGCGUCUUGUCGAAGAAUAAAAAGGCUAUAAAGUCUUUGCGAUUCGUUGGUCGAAACCGCUCCCUUCGCGAUACACGCAGAAUGUUUUGUGUACAGAUUGCGUCAUCCAUUCAACAUGGCGCGGACACCUCACUUGAAAAAUUACUAAUCAUAUAAUAAUGGAAGAAUGGAUAUACACAAGUUUAUCUGGUUUACUAGACUUCCCAGUUCCAGAAGAAUUAACACAGUAUAUUUUAAAAAUACGAAAUGAAAGAGAUUUAGAUGAAUAUCUUAAAACUUUAUUGGAUUUAAAAAAUCCAAAACAUAAACAAUUUAUAACAGAAUUGAAAAAAAAACAAGCUGCUUCUUGUAAUGAUCCAGCCGGGUAUAAGAAAACAAAUGAUAAUAAUGAAGAUUGUAAGAAAAGGCAAAAUGAAAAAAAAAAGAAUAAGACCAAAAGCAAAGAAAACAUACAGGUUCAAGAAAUAAAAACAGAUAAAACAGAAAAGAAGAAACCAAAAUUUGUUAACUUGUAUUCGCAGGAAGGGCGUGAUAGAGAAACUGUUUUAUUAAAAGGUAGACAUAAAUGCGACUGUGAAGCAAGAAAGCAUUCUUUAAUAAAUAAUUGUACUAACUGUGGCAGAAUAGUUUGUUUUCAAGAAGGAUCUGGUCCAUGUUUCUUUUGUGAAACAUUGGUAUGUUCUCGCGAACAACAAGCUAUACUUUCUAGUAAUACAAAGCUAGCUGAUGAUUUGUAUAACAAAUUAAUGGAUCGGAAACCCAAUAAGGGUUUAGAAGAAUCUAUUAAACAACGUGAUAAACUUUUGGAAUAUGAUCGUAAUAGCGCACGUCGUACGAAAGUAAUUGAUGAUGAAUCAGAUUACUUUCAAACAAAUAGUACAUGGCUUACACCUGCAGAACGAGAAAGAUUACGGAAACGUGAAGAAGAAAUUAGCGCUCAAAAACAUGCAUCUCGUUUAAGUAGAAAAGUAACUUUAGAUUUUGUUGGUAGAGAAGUAUUUGUUGGCCAUGAGGAGAAUAGUGAAUUUAACGAAGAUCAACUUGAUAAUUUAUAUGAAACGGUAUUACAUACUGACUCAGAAAAUAGCAAUGCUUAUCCAAACAUAGAUAUCAUCAAUCCAGUGUAUAUUAAACAAGAAACGGAGAGCUCUAUUAAUAAACAAAUAUUGAACAGUAAUACAAACAGUAAAAUUCAAGACAAAGAAUAUUUGGAACUAACAGAUCAAGGUUUAUGUUUAAGUAUGCAUCAACCAUAUGCCUCGCUGUUAGUAUCAGGGAUAAAACUUCACGAGGGUCGAACUUGGUAUUCUUCUCAUCGAGGAAGAUUAUGGAUAGCAUCAACAGCUAAAACACCUACUAAAGAAGACAUUUCAGAAACAGAACAUGUAUAUCGUGUUUUAAAAGAUGAGAAAAUCAAAUUUCCGGAAAACUAUCCUAUUAGUUCUUUGUUAGGCUGUGUAACAAUUGUUGAUGUUUUGUCUCAAGAACAGUACAGAAAAAUGUAUCCUGAAGGAGAAAGUGAAAGUCCUUAUGUUUUUAUUUGUGAAAAUUGUUAUACUCUUCCUAUCAAGUUUCCUAUACAAGGAAAACAAAAGAUCUAUAAAUUAGAUAACAAAAUUCAUCAAGCUGCUAUGAAAUCUUUAGAAAAAGUUAUAAAGGAGAAAAAAGAAUAAUUUAUUACAUUGUCUAAUUUAAAAAUGUUUAUGCAUUUAUAUACUUAAACAUAUAAUUUUACGUACAUAUGAUAAUCUUAUAUAAAUCAAAUAAAUUCAUUUUCA